GUAGAGUAUAACAUUUGUAUUUUCAACUAACAGAAGUAAUAAUUAUGAUUUAUAAUCAGGGCUUGUAUAAAUGAAUAUUAACUUCCGUUUUUGAACACAACCUCGAUAACCCCAAUCAUUUCGAUUCAUCCUCCUAAGUUUUAGUUUUCUAUCAUUCAGAGGAAAAUUAAUACUACAUUAGGUAAAAUGCAUCAAAGAGAUUCAAGUACUCGUUUUAAAUCAUUCCUGCUGCACAGUAUAGCUACUGCUAGUAUUUUAUGGUCAUUCAAUUGGGUCGAAAAAAACGGUGAUCUUGAUAUCCGAAAUUCCUAUGGAUCCUACUUUCAGCAUUUAACGAUGUUGUCCCUGGCUGGAACAUUACUUACUAUGGUGGUAAGCCUACUAGCAGACAUCACAAACUUGAAGGUAUUUUACAAAAUUAAGCCUGCAUUUCUAUAUGUGGUUUGUCCUCUAGAGUCAAUCGUUACAGUUCUAUACUGGUCUAUUGUUAUGUACGACCGUAGUCUGCUCAUUCCCAAAACUAGGCCUGUCCAAUUGCCCCUGAACUUUGAUUUAAGUGUUCAUUUGAUGCCUACUAUUUACUGCUUAAUUGAUUAUUUCUGUUUUUCUACUCCCUUCCAAUUGUCGUUCAAGCUGUCUAUUGUGAUGUACCUUACAGUGGCUUUCAGCUAUAUGUGGUGGGUUGAGAAAUGCUAUGAGGUUAACAAGUUUUAUGCAUAUCCUAUUCUAGCUAUCUUACGACCCAUUGAAAAGGGUGUCCUAUAUGGAACUGCCUGCGUUCUUUCUUUGUUAUCUUAUAUUGUCUUGAAAGCAGUACAUCCCUACGCACUUCCUUCUCCAGAAAGCAGAUAAUGCUUAAAAAUGCUUAGUCUGUCUGUUUACUGGAUGAAGGAAACUGCAAAUAUAGGCUGCUUGGAAAAUCUUCGAAGUGACUUUUACGACUGAUACGCAUGGCUGUUAGGCUUGAUAUGCAUAAGCUGAUGUUACUUUUAGUAAAGAUUUAGAUACAAAUCUUAGAUGGAACUAUAUACUCGCAUUGAUGGAUGGAAAUCAUACCAUAAACUACAGGAAACGUAACUGGCAAUAAUUCAAUGAUCAGAAGUCUCCUAUGAAUUAGGUAUUUUUUAUUUUUGUCAAAGUACAUUUUCUACAAUCAACAUUCUUAGCAACAAAGCCUAGUUUAUGGGUAAAGAGUCUGAAAGCAAGAUGUAUGAGUUCCACCCCUUAUAAGUUUAGAAUCUUUACCCAAAUUAACAAUUACAGAUUCAUUCGAAUGAAUUUUUAAUUAUAAAAAUCUAUGUCUGGAUCCACUUAUUUCAUUUCUGUAGACUAGGAAUACAAGUUUGCCAAACACAUCAGCAUUUUAUAGCAUAGAAAACCAAUUGGAAGUGAACCUUUCUUAACCAGAAUAAAAAGAACAAACAAACCUAAAAUU